AGAUCAAACAGCGUCUGAGUUAGAAUGACAAAUGUAAAGAAGAGGAGGCAUCACAAAAAGUAUAAGGUUCGGUGAAGCAAUGAGACGCCAUUAGCAUCAUGUUAGAGGAAGGCAGUGGAGACCUGACCAAGCGAGCGUACUGCAAAAACGAUAUAGCGUUCGCUGAAGACACGAAAUGCUGCUUCACUACCAGGAGAAGUGUAGAUGAUUCCAAGUUUUUCUGCUGCCGAUGUGCGCAUAAAAGGAGAGCGUCUCCGUUGACAUGUUUAGCGAUUUGUUUCCUCGUUCUCACGUACAACUUACUCGGAGGCUUUCUCUUUCUGGCUCUUGAAGGGAAUACGACAGCGGAAGAAACUGCAGUGGCCGCAUCUAAGCCGAACCUUAGUCAAUCACAGAGUAGCAGCAGCGAUUUGCGCUCCAAAACUGUGGAAAGACUGUGGUCUAUAACGGAAGACUUGAACAUUCUUUAUAAAGAAAACUGGACAAAAUUGGCAGCCAAAGAGUUGAUGGACUUUCAGAAGGUGUUGAUGAAGACUAUAAAAGGUGGAGCUUCUUUAGAGAAUCGCAUCUCAUAUGAUCAAGAAGGGGAUUACCGAUGGACUUUUACUAACAGUUUCCUUUACGCGCUUACUCUCAUCACAACUAUAGGCCAUGGGAACGUCACACCACACUCAGCAGCUGGUAAGCUGGCAGCAAUCACAUACGCGUGCAUCGGUAUCCCCAUCAUCAUGCUCUACCUCUCCACUAUCGGCGAGGCUUUGGCGAGGAAUUUUCGGGUCCUUUACUCAAGGAUCUGCCCCUCCACACUCACCAAUGGCAACUUCCAUACUAAGGCCGAUUGUCUCAGUCGAUUGUCGAUUCCCGCCGAGUGCAAACCGUACAGUGACUGUGAUAAAAAUAAACUCAGUGAAAGACCUAAAAGAACUCCUUUUCAAGCUGCUUUAAAUUUGGACAGUUUUAGUGGCGGCUACCAUUGGACGUGUCGGGACCAUACGCGAGUACCAGUUCUUCUUAGUUUAUUCCUCAUCGUAUCGUACAUAGGUUUAGGCACCUUCUUGUUUCGCGCUACGGAAAAGUGGAACAUUGUCGAUGGCUGCUUCUUCUCAUUCUCCAGCCUCGCCACUAUUGGAUUUGGCGAUUUGAAACCAGGUCUAUACGCUAGCACGGUAUCUGCUAAAGCAGAAGAUAUCGCUAUAGGCGUAUGCUGUAUCUACAUUCUAGUGGGAAUAGUCGUCAUCGCCAUGUGUUUUAAUCUUAUUCAAGAAGAUAUGAGCACAGUUUUGAGAAAUUUCACCGCUCUCUGCACUGGAAGUUCCAAAUUUAGAGCCGUGCAUAGCAUCGAAAAGAUUUGCGAUGAUAAGAUACCGAUAGAGGCGGCCGAAUCGGGGCCGUCAGCGACUUUCACUAACUGUCAAGAAAAGCGUCAGCAGGUGACUUUUAAGAUCGACAGCUUAAACCCGACUAAGUUCAACAGUCUGCCGCGGCGUAAAUCCUCUAACUGUGACGAGGGUUUCCAAAGAAACACCCCUAUAAGGCGAUCGGCGGGUCACGCGGAGAAAUGUGUCGAAUACUUUGUACCGAGAAGUUUGAGCGAGUUCAAUCUGAGUGGGAUGGGGGAGUUGUACGAUCUACCUCCUUUGGAGAAGAAAGGAGGACCUGUGGAUGGAGGAAAAGGAAGAGAUAAGAUGGUGACGUUCGAGGACGACCGGCCGCAGGGCAAGCCCCUCGCCGACGACGUUUUUAUGUGA